CACACUAAAACCCUGACUCCAAAACCACCAUCUCCCUCUCCCUACAUCACAAAUCCGCCAUCGACCCAUCACUGGAACCAUGCUCCGCCUCCUAAAGCCGCAACCUUUCCCCUCCGGGCACCAACUCCGCACCGUGAGCGGCACCGCAAAGGGAAAAGCCAAAAUCAAAGCAGGCCAAGCCCUAAAACGCUCCCGCAUCACCACCAAGAAACCCGGCUCCGCCAUCGCAGCAGGCUUACCCAUGUCUCGCGAGCGCCAAGAGCGCGAGCGCCUCUACGAACAGUGCCUCCAAGCCCCAACCCCUCUCCGCCACCUCACCCCAAAGCAGCGCGAACGAGAAUCUGAGCGCGAGAAAUUGGGUCUCGUAAGCAAGGACCGCCAGCGAGAAAUCGACAUGAUGAGGCGAAAAGACGACAAAUUUAGGGUUUCGGAGAAACCCACGAUAAUUGGGACACCUGGGUUGGAUUAUGUAACCUUAGGGCUUGUGGAUGCGGAGAAGUUGCCGAAGUAUGGUUUGACGGUGGAAGAUGGGAGGAGGUUGGCGAAGGAGUAUAGUAGGGUUUUGAUGAGGAAGCAUAGGGCGAGACAAGCUGCAGAAUCGAAUCUUUUGAGGAUGAAAAAAGAGGCUAUUGAGGCUUUGCCUGAAGGGUUGAGAGAGGCUGCUUUGGUUCCUGAUUUGGCUCCUUUUCCGGUGAAUCGGUUUAUGGCGACGCUUACGCCGCCUAUCGAGGGUUACAUUGAGCAGGUUCGGGAGGCCGCAAAUAGGAUCAGUGGAAAGGAGAAGAUUAGGUGAUUUUGUGUUUUAUGAAUUCUGUCCACUGUUGAGUGGAAUGGAUUGGGAUAGAAUGGAAUAACAAAUGUCAUUGUUGGACUGAUUGGAAUAGGAUGUAUAAUGUGAUGAAAAUGAAAUAUAUUUCAGUUUGAUGCUUUUUGUUAU